CACUUGAUACUAAAUAGAACAUUUCGUCCUUCGCUGCUGUGACAUACUUAGAAAAUCUAUAAGUGCACACGCAGGAAACAUGGAAGAUACAGGAACAAAUAGAGGUACAGCGGUUGAGGAUAAGGGAGCUACUAAGACGGUAUUGAUAGUCUUUGCUCAUGGAGACAGGACCUCGUUUAAUGGAAAACUUCUGGAUGUGGCAAUUCAGGUCCUGGAGGGUCAAGGUCACACGGUACUCGUUUCGGACCUGUAUUCACAAAACUUUGACCCGGUAGCUAGAAAGGGUGAUGUUUCAGGAAAUGACGAAGAUAUCUUACCAGAUGUCCGAUCUGAAAUGACUAAACUGGAGUCUGCCGAUUUGGUGAUAUUCCAGUUUCCGAUGUACUGGAGCUCCGCUCCCGCAAUUAUGAAGGGAUGGUUUGAUCGCGUCCUGCAAGACCGCUUUGCUUUUAAUUUUGUGACAAAUCAGAUUUUGGACAAUGGACUGAUGUCGGGGAAGAAGGCGCUGAUGUCGAUAACAACUGGAGGUACUGGAGAAAUGUUGUCUGACCACGGAGUGUCCGGAGACAUAAACGUCCUCCUUUGGCCGAUACAGUACGGUACAUUACGAACCUGCGGUUUCCACGUUCUUCCACCUCAACUUUCAUACGGGAUGCCUUUCAUUGACGAAUCGACCAGAACAGACUACCUUUCUCAAUGGCGGGAAAGAUUGCAGAACAUUUGGACGGAGGUCCCACUAUCCUUCCUGACAUGCUCUGACUAUGACCCGGCCACCUUUACUUUAACAAAAGACUUUUGUGAUAAAACCAAACAAUCAGAACGGGCGCCUUCUGUAGGACAUCACAUGGGCAAACCCCUGCCACAGUGAAAAUGGAGCAAUGGCCGGAGCACAUUUGAAAUUCAAAACAAAAUUCUAGUCCGACCGUUUGUUACGGUAUUUAUUGCAAGGCCAUGUGCGUUUCUAUUGAACACAUUUUUUGAAAAUGUUAAAAACAAAACAAGUAUUUUUUUUUAUAUUUUCUGUUUCAGGUGGCGAUUUUUCGAUUUUCAUGAUUUUGUACGAAGUUGUCGUUGUAAAACAACACGUGAUGUUUGUAUGGACAUACAUGUAUAUAGUAUUUGCAAACAUUGCUAAAUCUCUCUCACAAAUCAAAUUUCAAUGUAUUUUGUUAUUGAAGUUGCAUAUACUUGUGUGAAAGAACAGGGGAAAUCGCAUUCCUGCAGAGUGCCCCGACAGGAAUCGAACCCGGGUCUCUGGCGUGAUAAGCCACGACUCUAUCUCAAGCACGCUCCGUGACAGAAACCGUAUUUACAAGCCACACCGACCGGGUUCCUUUUUUUUUUACUUGUAAUUCUGAUAAAUACUAGUCGCAGUAUACUGCUCAGCUAGAGAGAUCUUCCCACUAGUAAACCAGAGGUCCCGGGUUCGAUCCCUAGCAGAGGCAGUGAUUCUUUUUUUUUUAACAUUUUAAUUGAUCAUGUGCUCUGAGGUGGAGCAUGCAACCCUGGUAAAUACUAGCUGCAAUGUGCCCUUUGGCUAGAGAGAUCUUGUCUUGAACUGCGUUGAUUGAGCACAAGAAUAGUAAGCCAGAGGAUGCGGGUUCAAUCCCUAGUGGAGGCGUGAGUUAAACUUAAUUAAGGAUGCGCUAUAUUAAAAACUUACAGCUUUUACUUUUAUGGUAUUUGUUAAUUGAUAUGUUGUCCUUUUACGGCAUUUUUGCAAUAAAAUGUAUUUAAAUUAAAUGUCUCAUCAAGAUAUGUCUUUUCCCCCAUUUUUACUUCAGCUGUUUGUAUUAUAUGCUUGUUUCCUAGUCAUUUCUCAAUUAGCUUGAAAAAAAAAACAAUGCAGCAUAUUGUUCUCUUGCAAUAGGACAUUCAUCUUCCUUUGCUAUCGUCUGUAUGACUGUAUGAAUGUAGUUUAAUCAUAUGAUUAAAGUUUUGAAAUAACUGGUCAUUAAAAUGUCCAUCUAAGAACCACCAUGUUUUAUUUUAAGAUAACUUUAAUAAAAUAUCUCUAAAAACAAA